GUUAAGUACUAAUGAGUUGUUGCACAGCCGGUGCAGAUCACGGACGACGAGCGUUAUUGUAUUACCGGCGCUCGGGGCGGACAGCAAAACGUUUCGGAAAACAGAAUUCGGACGGUGCGCAACGUAACGCGUGAAUAUAGCACUGCCUCGAAUGCGCUAGUGAUAAUCGGCCGGUGUGAUUGUGUCCCGCGCCGCCGACGGCCAAUAAUAACAAUAACAACAACAAUACACACCAUAACAGGUACAUUUUACAUUGUAAUACGGACGUAAAUCGACAAUACACUGAUUGAUACUGGAUACUCCUUCGUACGGAACAAUUCGCGCGUCCACACAAAGAGUUCGUCCGCGUUUCAUGACUGUUUUUCUCGACGGACACGCGAAAGGAAAAAAGAAAUUAUGUACAAACGAAAUUGUUUUGUGACGCUGACCGCGAUGUACGUCGCGUCGAUGAUGGUCACCGCUGAGUCGCCGACUGGUGUGUACGUAGAUACUGGCAUCCAGACUGUUAAGCAAGAUAUAAUGUCUAUCGAAGAACGGAACGAAGUCGAACAGGAAAUAUUGACCAUGUUUGGUGUGCCUAAAAAACCGAGGAAGGCUCCGAAGAAUUUAAAUGGUUCAGCUCCUCAGUUUUUGUUUGAUGUCUAUAAAUCUCUACAGGAAGGGUCACGCGACAGGAAAACAAGAAGUGUUUCUGAUGUUGGAUUAUAUGAUGAUCGAACUGUACAAGACAGUGAUGUUAUUGUUACGUUAUACUUAUCAAAUCAUUCUCCAAUAAGUAAUGUACGCCAUGAACAUGGAAAACGAAUUUUAUUUGAAUUAAAUGAUGUACCUUCUGAAGAAACUCAUAUGAUUACUUCAGCUGAAGUUCAUUUAUAUCAAUCUGGUAAUUCAAAUAGUAUCAAAAAGUAUUCAGUAACUUUAUAUCAAGUUUUAAUAACUGAAAGUGGGGAAAAAGAAUUAGAAUUUGUAGCUACUCAAAAUACUACAACAGAUUAUGACGGAUGGCUUCGGUUUAAUGCAACAGGUGCUCUUGUUUCAUGGAUCCAUUUUUUAUAUCCAAAUCGAGGAUUUUAUGUUUCUGUACAUUCACUUGAUAAUGAAGAUCGUGAGAUUAAACCUGAAGAAAUUGGUAUGGUAACUUGGGCUGACAAACAUCAAUUGUCUGAAGCAAAAAAACCUUUUAUGGCAGUUUAUUUGAAAUCCAGAAAUGGAGGUAAUAUAGUUGGUGGUCCUUCACUUCAGAAACACUACAGACGGAGAAGAAGAAAAACUAUUGAAAGUAGUUUCAAUUCUAAUCCUUUUCAAAACAUUGGAGAUGGAUUUCAGUCUAGGAGUUGUCAGAUACAAACAUUAUACGUGAGCUUCAGAGAUCUUGAGUGGCAGGAUUGGAUUAUAGCUCCUGAUGGCUAUGGUGCAUUUUAUUGCACUGGUGAAUGUAAUUUUCCGCUCAAUGCUCAUAUGAAUGCAACUAACCAUGCUAUUGUUCAAACUCUGGUACAUCUAAUGAGUCCAUUGCAGGUACCUAAACCAUGUUGUGCUCCAACGAAAAUGGCACAACAGGCAGUACUAUUUUUUUUAGAAGAUAACAAUGUUAUAUUAAAAAAAUAUAAAAAUAUGAUUGUGAAAAGUUGCGGAUGCCAUGACUGUUUUUCUCGACGGACACGCGAAAGGAAAAAAGAAAUUAUGUACAAACGAAAUUGUUUUGUGACGCUGACCGCGAUGUACGUCGCGUCGAUGAUGGUCACCGCUGAGUCGCCGACUGGUGUGUACGUAGAUACUGGCAUCCAGACUGUUAAGCAAGAUAUAAUGUCUAUCGAAGAACGGAACGAAGUCGAACAGGAAAUAUUGACCAUGUUUGGUGUGCCUAAAAAACCGAGGAAGGCUCCGAAGAAUUUAAAUGGUUCAGCUCCUCAGUUUUUGUUUGAUGUCUAUAAAUCUCUACAGGAAGGGUCACGCGACAGGAAAACAAGAAGUGUUUCUGAUGUUGGAUUAUAUGAUGAUCGAACUGUACAAGACAGUGAUGUUAUUGUUACGUUAUACUUAUCAAAUCAUUCUCCAAUAAGUAAUGUACGCCAUGAACAUGGAAAACGAAUUUUAUUUGAAUUAAAUGAUGUACCUUCUGAAGAAACUCAUAUGAUUACUUCAGCUGAAGUUCAUUUAUAUCAAUCUGGUAAUUCAAAUAGUAUCAAAAAGUAUUCAGUAACUUUAUAUCAAGUUUUAAUAACUGAAAGUGGGGAAAAAGAAUUAGAAUUUGUAGCUACUCAAAAUACUACAACAGAUUAUGACGGAUGGCUUCGGUUUAAUGCAACAGGUGCUCUUGUUUCAUGGAUCCAUUUUUUAUAUCCAAAUCGAGGAUUUUAUGUUUCUGUACAUUCACUUGAUAAUGAAGAUCGUGAGAUUAAACCUGAAGAAAUUGGUAUGGUAACUUGGGCUGACAAACAUCAAUUGUCUGAAGCAAAAAAACCUUUUAUGGCAGUUUAUUUGAAAUCCAGAAAUGGAGGUAAUAUAGUUGGUGGUCCUUCACUUCAGAAACACUACAGACGGAGAAGAAGAAAAACUAUUGAAAGUAGUUUCAAUUCUAAUCCUUUUCAAAACAUUGGAGAUGGAUUUCAGUCUAGGAGUUGUCAGAUACAAACAUUAUACGUGAGCUUCAGAGAUCUUGAGUGGCAGGAUUGGAUUAUAGCUCCUGAUGGCUAUGGUGCAUUUUAUUGCACUGGUGAAUGUAAUUUUCCGCUCAAUGCUCAUAUGAAUGCAACUAACCAUGCUAUUGUUCAAACUCUGGUACAUCUAAUGAGUCCAUUGCAGGUACCUAAACCAUGUUGUGCUCCAACGAAAAUGGCACAACAGGCAGUACUAUUUUUUUUAGAAGAUAACAAUGUUAUAUUAAAAAAAUAUAAAAAUAUGAUUGUGAAAAGUUGCGGAUGCCAUUAAAUACUUUUUUCAUUAAAUAUGAGUACAACUCUAUGGCUGUUUAUUGAAAUCUGACAAAAAUAAAUAAUUAUUAACAGAUAAUUUUAUCCCUUAAUUUAAAGUUUUAUUGUUAAUUGUUGUGAUUGAACACAAUUUACUACUGUCAUUGAUUAAUUAUCAUUGAUUUUAUAUUAAUUUUUUUAGAGUUAAAAUAUCCAAUAAGCAGUAA